AUGCCGCUUCAAGAAUUAUGCCAGCCUGAUCCAGAUUUGAAUCAUGGAGCUCUUUACUACAAUAUUGACGGAAAAGCCAUGAGAAAAGCUGCAAAUUCGUCUCUCAUACGAUAUGGAGGAAAUUUCUCAUCCGAUAUAAUUACAAGAGCAGAAGGCAUCUACAUCUACACCGCCAAUGGCAGGAAGAUCCUCGACUUCACUUCUGGGCAAAUGAGCUGUCUUGUUGGUCAUGGAAAUCCCGAAAUCGUCGAGACAAUCACUGCUCAUGCUGCCAAAUUGGAUCAUUUGUUCAGUGGCAUGUUAAGUCCGCCUGUGGUAGAACUCGCACAGAAACUGACGUCUUUGACACCACCUGGACUUGAUCGUGCUAUGUUCCUCAAUACUGGAGCGGAAUCAAACGAAGCGGCGAUUAAAAUGGCUAAACUAUAUACUGGGAAGUAUGAAAUAGUUGGAUUGGGGGCGAGUUGGCAUGGAAUGACUGGAAGCGCGAGUGGUUCAACCUACCACUCUGGGAGAACGGGUUAUGGUCCUUGUAUGCCAGGAAAUCUUAUUCUACCAUCUCCAAACGCAUACCGUUCCAUAUUUCGCCAUACAGAUGGCUCAUACGAUUGGGAAACGGAAUUGAAUUAUGGGUGGAAUUUGAUUGACCAACAAUCGACAGGAUCAUUGGCUGCAGUUAUUCUCGAGCCUAUCCUCAGUUCUGGCGGUAUGCAUGUUUUACCAGAAGGUUAUAUGAGAGCCAUGAAGAAACAUUGCGAGAAACGCGGCAUGCUUCUCAUCGUUGAUGAAGCACAAACAGGGAUUGGGAGAUGUGGUUCGAUGUUUGGAAUCGAGCACGAUGAGUGCACACCCGAUAUCCUAACCCUCAGCAAGACAUUGGGCAAUGGACUUCCACUUGCAGCUGUUGUUACCUCGGCAGAGAUCGAAGAAACUUGCUUCGCCCGCGGAUACCUUUUCUACACUACCCACGUAAAUGACCCGUUACCUGCUGCUGUGGGUGCUAAAGUUCUAGAUAUUGUAGUUAGAGAUAAUCUUGUCGAACGCUCUCACGUCGCGGGCCUGAAACUACAAGCUGAGUUGAAAAGUUUGCAGGACAAGUAUGGUUGUAUUGGAGAUGUUCGCGGUAGGGGCUUAAUGGCAGGAGUAGAAAUUGUGAAGGAUCGAAUCACCAAGGAGCCAGCGCCCGAAUUAGGAGAAGCAUUAACGGGAAGAAUGAGUGAACUCGGUUUAUCUGCGAAUCUAUCGACCAUGAAGUCGUUUGGAGGUGUAUUUCGUAUGGCUCCUCCUAUCACUAUUACGGACGAAGAGUUGAUGGCUGGAAUUCGAAUCUUUGAGGAGGCUUUGAGAACCACUCCGGGUACAAUGCAGAUUAGCUAA